AUCAACUUUCAGCGAGUGAAAAGCUGCGAGCUUGUUUAGAUGAGAUGCACGGACACAAGCUGCUUCACUGGAGAGAUUGAUUCUGCCUGCUUCCGCCGGAGCAUCCGCUUAGAAGCGACUCGCCGUGCCCUCAGGGAACAGUAUGGAUACCGGAGGCAGGUGCUGGUCUGGGUGUGCUCUUUUUCAGAAGUGGUGGCCUCGGCCGCGGUGCCCGCGGUACACUUGGUGACCACUCCGUAUGUCACCCUGGGUGUUUUGCUCUUGAUGUUUCUGCUCUCCUCUUGGCGAGCUGGCAGUGUCUUGGACGUGGUGUUGCAGCCAGCGCACUUAUUGCGCCCCAAGAAAUACUCCAGGUUUGGUUUGGGUGAGAGACAGCAGUCCGGCUGCACCUUCUUUGCUCUGUCCAUCGUGAUUCGCUUGGCUUCGGCUGCGACCCUUGGAUUGAUUUUCGCACAUUUCAGCUUCAACGCGGAUUUUUGGUGGUGUUCGGACUUCACCGAACCCUCCACAUGGCACAAGUAUCAACAAACCGAGUUGCAGUCAGAUCUGGAUCUUUGUAGAAGAGGUCGUUUUGCCAGCCCUUGGUGUGAAACCCUUCAGCACUUUCAUCGCCGUUGUCACGAUCCAGUCCGCUGGUCCUCGCGGCUGCGCAGCUGGGCCGCUUCCAGCGAGCUGGGCGACCUGGAGUGCAACGGAAGCCAGACGAACGCGACGAACGCGGAUCCAUUGGAUCUGGAGAACUUUUCGGCGAUGCAGGAGCACUUGCAGGACUUGCAUGGCUCCUAUUGCGAGACCAAGACUGGCAAAGAGAUCAGUUGUGACGAUGAGUCCCUUGAAACGGUGGUGGUGUGGACCGAUAAUGCUGAGAUGGCCCUAAGCCAGAUCUGUGCCUUGUGGCCGAGCCAGGUGCUGAUUCCUUACCAUUGCGAGAUCUUCUUCUAUGACACGGAUCACUGCACGGGAACGACCUCCACAACCAAUCUCCUCCGCUUCGAUCGGCUCAUGGCGGAGUCCUGCGAGCCGCACGCGUGCGCGCACGCGACGCCGCAGUGGCUGCAGGAGAUCUCGACCUAUGCGGAGCUGCUGUGGUUCUGUGAAUGCACCUCCUGCAGACCAUGGUGGAGGUCAAACACGUGCAUCUUGGAUGCGGUGGAUAGCUCCAUGCGGCGCCGGGCAAAAAUGAACACUCCCGGCGACAGCUUCGAGUUCCAGACCAUGAUCUCCGACCCGCUCUUCGUGGUGCAAAUGAUGUUUGUGUUCUUGAUGGUCUUGGGCCCUCUGAUGUAUGUGCUGACCUUGUUGAUCUUCUGCUACGUUGGGAGUCCCUGGAACAUGCCGGCGAACCUGGAGCUUCAGCGCAUCAUUUCGGCGAAAGAGAUCGUGAUUCAGAAAGAGCUCCUUGAGAAUGGCCAGAUCAAAGCUUGGUGCUUCAACCGUUUGACAAUCCUUUCGGACUUCUGCUUUUGUGUGGCGGACUUCGUCACGGACGUUCGAAUGAUUUGGAUCUACCUACAUACUCAUCAUCAUUGGUUUGCCAUCUUGCAGAGUGGUUUGGUGCUGCGCGCUUUCGUGGCUCAGCUGCGCCAUCGCCUUUGGCGCGUGGGGCACGAGCUCUGCGCCUCGCUCCGCGGCAACGUGCGCAGCGACCGCUUGGUGGCCUUGAUGCAGAGCGAACGCACCGGAGAGGCCACCUUGUCGUUGCUGCUGCAAUUGUACGCCUUCUUCUACAUGGUCACCGAUGUGAGUGGCUACUGGACAGCUGCAGUGUCGAUUGCCUUGUCGGCCUGUGCAUUGACCCAGGGCUGUUAUGUGCACUUCGACCUCGCGUACAGCGAGGAUUGGGUGCCGCCUGCGUCCGGUGGCGCGGAUCUGGCGGCGGAAACCCGGCCGAAGUUGGAGGAACCCGAUCUGGUGGAUCUGGUGGACCUACCUGUGCCUGGAGAACAUGUAGGCGAGAGCUGGACGCCAGAUGAGAUGGACGGUGAAUGGUCGCCAGAUCGUAUGGACGGCAAAGACUUGGAGAUUGAGAACCACCGCAAAUCUUUACCAAACGAUCGUCCUCCAAAAGGCUCUUGACAAGGGCAAGAGGCCAGAGGAGGAGGAGAGAAAGCACAACCUUUUUAGGCCGAUGCCUUGGGUCAAAACCGAUGCCUUGCACCCACUCAGAUCUCACUCAAAAGGUAGUACCCCCGCACGACGAUGCAGUGGCUGGUCGUUGAUCGACCAAGAAUCAGAGCGGUUUGGGGUCGUUCGGAGCCAACCCUGACAGGUUGAAGAACCCACGCCCAGGCGAUUACGGAAGACGUCGUCAGGUUGGUCACGUCCUGCCGUCGCCGCGAAGUCUUUAAUUUCUUGUAUAGUUUCGCCGACUUGACCACACUCAGAAUGAGUGUUGCGGAGAUCGUUUCACCGAAAAAAGAACAUGUUAUUACUUUUUUGUGGUGUGUAUUGUCUGAGCCGUUUCAGCUGCAAGCCUUUUUUGUAUUUCCAUCGGAGAAGAGGGGCUACAUCUCCGUUCUGGAUUGGAAAGGGACUGGUUUAUUGAUGCCUGC